CGAAAUUGUAUGCUUUGGAAACACUACGUGCCACUUGCGGGAAACAGUAUUGAAGCAAAAUCGAAGAGGAAAGGAAAAGGCUGUGUCGCUACAGUGAAGGUGUGUACUGGUUGAAUUAAAGUUAAAAUAAUAGAAAUGGGAGAAAAAGACGGAGCGUAUGAUGAUUCUGUUGAAGAACGUGUCAUCAAUGAAGAAUACAAGAUAUGGAAGAAAAAUACACCAUUUCUGUAUGAUCUUGUCAUGACCCAUGCUUUAGAAUGGCCCAGUCUUACUUGCCAAUGGCUUCCUGAUGUGACCAAACCUGAGGGGAAAGAUUACACAGUUCAUCGUUUGAUUCUGGGCACCCAUACUUCUGAUGAACAGAAUCAUUUGAUCAUCGCGAGUGUUCAACUUCCAACUGACGAUGCUCAGUUUGACGCCUCACAUUAUGACAGCGAGCGUGGGGAGUUUGGCGGCUUUGGUUCUGUCAGUGGAAAGAUUGAAAUUGAAAUUAAAAUCAACCAUGAGGGAGAAGUAAACAGGGCCAGGUUCAUGCCUCAGAAUCCAUGCAUCAUUGGAACAAAGACUCCAUCCAGCGAUGUGUUGGUGUUUGACUACACAAAGCAUCCUAGCAAACCAGAUCCAUGCGGAGACUGCAAUCCUGAUUUGCGUCUGCGUGGUCACCAGAAGGAAGGGUAUGGCCUUUCUUGGAAUCCAAAUCUAAGCGGCCAUUUGUUAAGUGCAUCUGAUGAUCAUACCAUUUGUUUAUGGGAUGUUGGUGCCACACCACGUGAAGGGAGAAUUCUGGAUGCUCAACAUAUUUACACAGGUCAUACAGCUGUAGUUGAAGACGUAUCUUGGCAUUUAUUGCAUGAAAGUUUGUUCGGUUCAGUUGCUGAUGACCAAAAAUUGAUGAUUUGGGAUACACGUUCUGCUGCUUGUAACAAACCAAGUCAUGUUGUUGAUGCACACACCGCUGAAGUAAACUGCCUUUCCUUCAACCCAUACAGUGAGUUCAUUCUAGCAACAGGUUCUGCCGACAAAACGGUUGCUUUGUGGGAUUUACGGAACCUCAAACUUAAGUUACAUUCGUUUGAGUCUCACAAAGAUGAAAUUUUCCAGGUACAAUGGUCUCCACAUAAUGAAACCAUCUUGGCUUCAAGUGGAACUGAUCGGAGGUUAAAUGUCUGGGAUCUGAGUAAGAUCGGGGAAGAGCAGAGUGCUGAAGAUGCAGAAGAUGGUCCUCCUGAACUCCUUUUCGUACAUGGAGGACACACAGCAAAGAUUUCAGACUUUUCUUGGAAUCCCAACGAGCCUUGGGUGUCUUGCUCUGUUUCUGAGGAUAACAUUAUGCAAGUAUGGCAGAUGGCUGAAAACAUCUACAACGAUGAAGAACAAGAUACAGCCGGGUCUUCUACUCCCGCUGCAGAGUUAGAGCAAAAUGCUACCUGAAAUAAUCAUCUAAAAAACAAAACAGUUCAAAAACGGUCUGAAAUAGAUUUGUAAUCUUGGUUUCUUUUGUAUUGGUUAAUAAUAUGUGUCCCAAGGUUAUAUAUUGAGGUAAAUUUAUUUCAGACUGGUUGUAAUACCAAAUACGUAUACAUGAUACCUUUUUAUAAUUGGAAAAUCAUUUUGUUGUGAUAAGUAUAAAUGGAAAUUUUUCGAUGAAUUCAGUCGUAUUUUUUACUUGUAAGGGUUUACCAUUGGUUGUACAUAUGUAAUAAACUAUUAAGCAUACAA